UCCUGCCGUUGCUGCUCUCCUGCCUGCAGCCGGAAGGGGGAUGUGAUGUAAAAGCCAUUGGAGAAGUUGGAGGAUCCUGAUAUUGUUACACAAAGUAGGGAAAGCGGGAAUGUGGGGAAGGCGACUCUUGGAAGCCGGAUAAACAGGGGCCGGAGGGGCCGUACUGGGGGGCUCGGGCACAGAAGGGCAGAGAAGACCCUCAGGACAUCUGGACGGGACCCCCAGAGAUGUAGGGGGCAUUGGCGACGGCUCCCGGCCUGACUGGGCGACCACCCCACAGUCUGCGCACCUAUUGGAUUCACAAGAUGUUCCGCUGCUUCUUCCUAUUGGCUCUUCUGAGUGGGCGUGCCAAGUGUGCGGUGAUCCCCGCCUCGUGCCGCUACGCCCUGGGCAUGCACGACCGCACCAUACGGGAUGAGGAUAUCAUAGCGUCCAGCCAGUGGUACGAAUCUACCGGCCCCCAAUACGCAAGGCUGCAGCGAGAAGAAGGCGAUGGCGCUUGGUGCCCAGCGGGUCUCCUCCAACCCGAGGAUGUUCAGUACCUGCAGAUUGACCUCCACGAGCUUCAUUUCAUCACCCUGAUUGGCACCCAAGGGCGCCACGCUCGGGCGACGGGGAAGGAAUUCGCCAGGGCCUACCGGGUCGACUACAGCCGGAAUGGGGGUCGCUGGCUCUCCUGGAGAGACCACCAAGGUCAACAGGUAAUGAGGGGCAACGUUGAUGAGUACGAGGUGGUCCUGGCAGAUCUGCGGCCCCCGAUAAUCGCCCGUUACAUCAGGGUGAUCCCGGUGACCAAGGUGCCCAUGACGGUGUGUAUGCGGGUGGAGCUGUACGGCUGCAAGUGGUCCGACGGCCUGACCUCGUACAGCGUCCCCGAAGGGGAGACCUACAUUGCCCCGGGGCAACCAAUCGCCUUCCUUAACGAUUCCACCUACGACGGAUACUUGGAGAAGAGGCGCCAGUUUGGGGGCUUGGGGCAGCUGACGGAUGGGAUUCACGGAUUGGACGACUUCACCCAGAGCCUCCAGUACCGCGUGUGGCCCGGCUACGACUACAUCGGCUGGAGGAACGACAGCGCCCCCCGGGGGUACGUGGAGGUGGAGUUCCACUUCGAUCGGCCGCGCAACUUCUCCCUCAUGAAGGUGCACUGCAAUAAUCUCUUCUCCAAGGGGGUAAAGAUCUUCCAGAAGGCCGAGUGUCUGUUUAAACCCCGCCUGGAGGGCGAAUGGGAGGCGGAGCCUGUGGUGGUGCUGAUGGUGGUGGAUGAUAAGAACCCCAGUGCCAGGUUUGUCACCAUCCCGUUGCGCCAGCGCGUGGGCAGCGCCAUCUUGUGCCGAUUCUACUUUGCCGACGCCUGGAUGAUGUUCAGCGAGAUUUCCUUUGAGUCAGAUAUGGGCAUAGCCGUGCCCACCCUGGGCACCCAGUCUCCCACCUCGGCUCCGGCACAAACCACUGAGGUUCCAGUGGCUCUGCAGAACUCUACGGAGAGGAAACUGGAAACCACUUUCCCCUUCACCAUCAGCCGGCCGGUGGUCAAUCCCCCUGAGUCGAGAACCUCGGUUCUGAUUGGCUGCCUUGUGGCCAUUAUUCUCCUGCUUGUCCUGGUCAUCGUGCUGAUCCUGUGGAAGCAGUAUGUGCAGAAACGUCUGGAGAAGGCGCCUCGGCGAAUCCUGGAAGAAGACGCCACCGUCCGUCUCUCCUUCUACAGCUACACCAUCGGCAACAGUCAGCAGACCCAGAUCCACCAAUCCAAUCCCACCUACGAGCGGAUCUUCCCUCUGGACCUCGACUACCAGCAGCCGACCAAACCCCUGCGCAAACUGCCCGAGCUUUCCCAGAGCGCCGAGGACUCCGCCUGCAGCGGAGACUAUGCCGAGCCCGACCUGACCAAAUCCACCCCGCACCAGGGCUUCCAGAACAGCGUCCCCCACUACGCCGAGACGGACAUCGUCAGCCUGCAGGGGGUAACGGGGAACAACAUGUACGCGGUGCCGGCCGUCACCGUCGACUCCCUGACCAAGAAGGACAUCACCGUGGGCGAGUUCCCCCGCAACCAGCUCCGGCUCAAGGAGAAACUGGGAGAGGGGCAGUUCGGAGAGGUUCAUCUGUGUGAGGCGGAGGGGCUGCAGGAGUUCCUGGAGAUGUCGCCCAAUGAAUUCAGCGAUCAGCCCAAUAUGGUGGCCGUGAAGAUGCUGAGACCCGACGUCACCAAAACCGCCAGGAACGACUUUCUGAAGGAGAUAAAGAUCAUCUCCCGCCUGAAGCACCCCAACAUUAUCCGCCUCCUGGGGGUGUGUGUGCGGGACGACCCCCUCUGUAUGAUCACCGAGUAUAUGGAGAAUGGGGACCUCAACCAGUUCCUGUCCCAGCGGGAAAUCCGCAGCCAAUUCACCAAAGCCAACAACAUCCCGUCUGUGAGCCGGCAGAACCUCCUGUAUAUGGCCGCGCAGAUUGCCGCCGGCAUGAAGUAUCUGGCGUCGCUCAACUUUGUGCACCGGGACCUGGCGACCCGCAACUGCCUCGUGGGCAACAGCUACACCAUCAAGGUGGCCGACUUCGGCAUGAGCCGCAACCUGUACAGCGGUGACUACUACCGCAUCCAGGGCCGGGCCGUGCUGCCCAUACGUUGGAUGGCCUGGGAGAGCAUCCUGCUGGGCAAGUUUACCACCUGCAGUGAUGCCUGGGCCUUCGGGGUGACCCUGUGGGAGAUGUUCAGUCUGUGCAAGGAGCAGCCGUACAGCGUUCUAACCGACGAGCAGGUGAUCGAGAACACGGGCGAGUUCUUCCGGGACCAGGGCAGACAGAUUUACCUUUCCCAGACUCCCCUGUGCCCCGGCCCAGUCUUCGAGUUGAUGAUGCGGUGCUGGAGCCGAGACAUCAAGGACCGACCAACCUUCGAGACGAUUCACCACUUCCUGAUCGAGCAGUUGGACUGUGCCGCCUAAACCUGCCGCCUUGGGCUUGUGAGGGGGCACUAAGGACUAGUUGCCCAGCCAGCGUGGGGCAGUGUGCCUGGGACUGGACUAGCCUGGGCAACCUUUAGUUUUCUAGAUGUAGAUGGACCAAGAGACAUUGGGGGGGAAAUCUCCAGGGGCCACACCAGCAUCUCUGGGCCCUCGGACCCCUCGGUUCUGCCGGAGGCAAAGUUGCACAUCCCAACGGUCGAGCUGGGACUGAGGACUGGAAAGGAGGAGGAGCUACAUGGCUCACUGAGGCCCCUCCUCUCUGUAUGUAAAUAUAUGUGAGUGUGAGUGUGAGCGUGAGUGGGUACUUGGGCUCCCGCUGCCACUGCACAGAUUGUAUAUAUUUAUUCAGUGCCCGCCUCCCUGGCACCGACACUCUGUACAUAGAAGCCAAUCAUCUCCUGUGCCCUCGGGGGGGGGGGGGGCAAUUCCUCUCGCCCAAUCGGACACAGGACCAAGGAUGCCAACGCCCGUGUGAUGGCACGAAGGGUGAGAAAGGGCCCCCCCCCGGGAGUGAAGGGGUUAAUAGCCUAAUGUGUGGGCGGUGCCAAGCAGGGGGCCGGCACAGGGAUUGCCCCGCCCACCUGUAUCACAAACAGUUAAUGGCCGUGGGCAGCGCUGAUUAAUUACCACUAAACGAGCGGGGUGAUCGGAUUGCAAGCAGUUUGGCGCACUGGUAGUUAACCCUUCUGUGCCCCCCAGGACUGCACAGGGCACCGGUAUAACCACUAGGGGGUCCCGCUGAUUAACCCUUUCAGGGGCGCUGACUAUUGUGUUUUAUAACCACUUGCCCUCUGCUCCCCCCGAGAUAAAGAGGGGCACCCUCUACUGCCCCAAGUGCCAACUGUGCCCGGUUACUGGUGCCGCCCCGGCCGGUCCCCCCCCCUCGACCCGGCGCCGAUAGCGAGAGAGUUGUUUCUCCCACACUGGAUUUGUAUCUGAUGAAUGUCACUCACGGGUCCCCCAAAUAUUGUUUUACGGACCCAGUAAUGUGGGGGGGGGGGUUGGUUCUGUUGAUACUGUACUACUGUCACGCUGCAGAGACUGGGUCUGUGGGAUUAUCUGUAGCCGCAAUGGACUGAAGUGCAAUGGGAAUCUGUAUUGCCCAAUAAAUAUGAGCCGGAUCUUUCCAA